AUGGCGCCUGAGCCCCUACAACAGACGUUAAUCGACUCUCGAGAGAGUGAUGCGCUUAAUAACGUCCGCAAAUACGUCCCCAUAGUAGAUGUCGUUUUUUCCAACAAUCUAAAGUUGGUAUUUGUGAUACUCUUGUGUCUUGGGAUUCCUUGGGAUAUCAAAAAGUUGCACGAAGCUGGGUUCACCGACCAAGAUCUGCCUCUAGAAAGGACGAAGACGGAAGGAGGUGGUGAUUGUCUGCAGUCUGGUCUCGACCCCAAGAAGCAUUUCGUUCCUCCUAAGAAAUGGGCACAUGGAUACCAGGCGGAAAACUUCGUCAACAAGCAGUGGCUGGUGAUGGCACCUGUCUUCGGUAGUAUGGGGGAGUACCAGAAGCUUCACCCCUUGAACCCAUUGCCUCUAAUCGAAGCGGAAUCACUUAUUCACAAUGCGGCAAACGUGAUCUGGAGGGCAAAGAUACAAUCCUCUCAUCAGACAGGAUCCAAGAUGCGAGAUAACUCAAGUGGCAGCACUUCUGGUUCUGUGCUAACGUGUCGAGGCUAUCGGGCACAAUCUCCUUGUAUGGAUGUUGCGAUCAAGGAGUUCAGAUUCAGAAAAGAUUUUGAUCAAGAACGGUCGAAUCUCAGUACUCUUCGCACGCUCCCCAGCACCAAGCACAUCGCGCAGAGUCUCGCAGCAUUCUCACAAGGAAACAGGGACUACAUCAUUUCCCCUUGGGCCGAGGGAGGGGACCUGGACCAAUUCUGGCAAACACAUGGAGGUGCGACGCGGACAUCUAAGCUGGCCCUUUGGAGCCUAGAUCAGAUGCUAGGCCUCGCGAAGGCUCUCUAUGCUCUUCAUGCAGAGCUAGGCGAUGCUGGCAACUGCAGACACGGUGAUCGUAAGCCUGGAAACAUUCUUCACUUCAUGGAAGGCAAAGAAGAGGGUGAUGUGGGUAUCCUGAAGAUCACCGACUUCGGCAUCUCACGUAUUCAUCUAGGCAUAACUCUUGUAAGGGAAGGACCAACACUCACCAGGGCAACAUCACCUUCCUACGAAGCCCCUGAAGCAGUCACAUCAAAAGACCCCAGAUCCCGCAAGUACGACAUUUGGUCAAUUGGAUGCAUCUUUCUGGAGUUCGUCGUCUGGCUCAUACAGGACUGGGAUGCCGUUGAGAGCUUCGGCAACGCAAGGAAGUCAACCUGGGCACAUGCAGAUGGCGCUGUACCGUCAGGCUUUUACAGAAUCCACAAAGACAACGCCAUUGUGCAUCCAGAGGUCUCCCAGGUGAUCCAGACGCUUAGACGAAUGCCACAAAGUGCCCCCAACACCGCACUUGGGAAGCUUCUGGGCAUCAUCAAGGACAAUCUCAUCAAGAUCGAUCCAACCGACCGGACUGACGCGAAGGGGCUUUGCGAACAGCUUGAAGCAAUCGUGUCGAAAGCCAAAUCUGAUCCCGGGUAUCUUUGGAAUUCUGGGUAUUGAAGUGUUGCGAACCAGAGCCUGGGGAGGUGACGAGAUUUCCUGGAAUGCACGGA